UUGUUUUUCUUUUCUUUUCCACAAACAGGGUGACCAGUUACCCUGGUUAGCCUGUGCACUCUAUGCAGCAUGUCGACGGCGGUCUGUUCCCACAGUAGGAGGCCGCCCUGGCAAUAUGAUUCAAGGCAAUUGUGUCUCUCUGACACGCAUGUUGCAACACUGCAAUCUUCCCUUGACAGAAUUCAUCAAGAAAAUGACAUCAUGGUUGGCCAUGUCACACUUCGACGAAGGCUUCUGCAGACGCGUGGACUUACUGGAAAGAAAUUUUGCAGUGUCAAACAACAUCUUCAAAAAGUACAAACCCAUCUUUUUAGACCUCUUUAAAGACCCAGCAGAUGACUUACCACGUCUGCCUAGAUCUCGCAAACAGAGAAGACCACCAUGUAACGCUACAGAGCUUUUCCACUUCUGUUGGACCUUGUAUAUUUUAAUCAAAGGAAAAUAUCCAUGUAUUCCUCAGGAUCUUGUUAGCUGCUACUCUUUACUGCUGGCAUCAAUUGACAUUAUUUAUGCUAAUGUUGUUUUGUCCAACCGAAAAGAUCUUUUGAAUCCAAAUUGCAAAGGAUUGCCAGAGAAUUUGUUCAACACUGACUCCAGUGGUAGUGAACUGUCAUCAUGGCCAGUGUCUAUCAUGGAUUAUCUGUGUGAGAAAUUUGAAGGAGUCCUCAUCGAAACAAAAGUUGUGCGAGAGUAUUAUUGGAAUAAGCAUAUCAGAGACUUGAUUGAAAAGAAGGUAAGAAGGAUGAGGCCUUUUGCUAAGGAUUUUUAG